AUGGAGACAGCGACACAUAUUAACGACCUUCCCGACGACAUCAUCGCUAAGAUACUAUGGCAUUGCGAGGAGUCAACACCUUGGAAGUCGGACAGUGACGCAUUAUGGUCUCGGCAUUCAUUUUACGAGAAGCCACUGUACCUUCGCUCGAUCGUUCUAGACAAAGAUCCCAGUCCUGAGGAGGAAGACUCGUAUCCAGUAUCGUACCCCUCCGCCAUUCCAACCGCUGCCAAGAUCUUCCUCGUGUCGUCGGUGUGCCGUCGUUGGCGCGAUGUAGCUCAGCGUAACAUCUCCACGCUGCUCGUCGAAAGAAAACAAGCCAUUCCCCUCCAAGAACUCUCGAAUGCCGUCGCGUGCUUCCCGAAUCUCACCCAUCUCCAUCUGUGCGACGACAGCGUGGAAACCCUAGACGACUCCUUCCUCGCUCACCUCGCAUCAUCCUGUCCUCAGCUCAAGAUUCUCCACGUGGGACGCUCGAUCACUCACCAUCCAGACUACGUCGGACCGAAGCAUAAGCACCCGAUCACCGAGGCUGGUCUGGAUCGCUUCUUCCAGCGAUGCACGCAGCUGGAGCAGCUGUCACUGCUCUGCCUCCAUUGGAACACUGAGCUACCCGCUUCCUUCUUCCGCCUCACGCGUCUGCACACCCUGGCUUUAACAGCCGCCUCCGCCUUAGAAGCUCCAGAUCUGGAGAGCCUCGCUUCCCUCACCACUCUUCAUAUCGCCUUCCCGGAGGUGACCGAGGAGCAACUGGCCAACGUGCGUCGUCUUCCCAGCAUCACCGGCCUUUCACUCUCUCCCGGGACCUCGUUUUCUCCUCAUGGCUCGGCUGCCUUCGCCAUCGCACAGCUGCCUUUGAUCAAAUCGCUGAGCUCUCGCCACGUGUUGCUGUCGGAUUGGCCAUUGACCAGUCUUGAACGGCUGCAGAUAUCAGAUUGCGAAAAUUUGAAGCGGCUUCCGGCCAGAAUCGCGGAGUUGCUGCCGAGUCUGCGUGAGCUGACCGUUUCCAGGUGCCAUGACUUGGAGGAGCUGCCGGAAGGUGCUUGUUCCCUGAAGCACCUCGAGACCUUGUCACUCAUCAAAUGCGACAAAUUCCGCUGCCUGCCUGAAAACGUUGGGCGAUUGUCUGCCUUGUCAACUCUGGUUCUGGAUCUUUUGCCGCUGCUGGCGAGCCUGCCUGCCUCCAUCUGCCAGCUCAGCUCCCUGGAGACCUUCUUCCUGCUCUCGUGCGACUCAAUCCGCGAGCUGCCAGCAGGGUUCGGCCGCCUCACGACUCUCACGACUCUCUGCCUCGAACGAGUGGCGCUUCCAGCGGACAUAGGCCGCCUCAGUAACCUCCACACGCUGCUUGUGACAAGGAGCUUCGGAUAUCCGCAUCUCCCGUGCUCGUUAUCCUCGUUAUCUGAGACCUCAUCGCUGACGAGGCUUGAGCUGAACAGGUGUGGUGUGGAGUUGCUGCCAGAGGGCGUGGGGUCGCUCAGCAGCCUGCGCGAGCUGCACGUCUCGUCCUGCCCUCGGCUCGCGGCCCUUCCAGCGUCCGUGACGUCCCUGACUGCCCUUGAAGCUCUCUCACUCGCUGACUGCCAUAAUCUGACCUCGGCACCCACAAGGCUGGACGGCUUGACGCGGCUCAAGCGGCUGGAGGUGGCCCGAUGUGACAGGCUGACACGGCCUCCUCUAGUCCUGCCGGCUUCAAUUGAAUGGCUGGGUUGGGGAGGUUUCAGACAUGCAUGGCCUCUGCCAGACGUCUCCACGCUGACGGGGCUUCGGACGCUUCGCCUGGACGUAGUUGCGGUGGCGUGUGGGGUCGCUGUGAGCAGGAGCCUGUCGCACCUGGAGCAUUUGCAGCUGACGCUGGCUAACGAUGCGGAGGAGCUUCCAUUCGCCUUGACGUUCCUCUCCCGCCUGCGCACGCUGAUCAUUGACUACGCGAUAAACCUCCAAAGGCUGCCGGCCGACAUCGGGUCAGCACUGCCGCAGCUGCGGAAGCUGAAGCUGGUAUCGGCGUACGAGUUAGGGGAGCUGCCAGCGAGUGUGACUGCGCUGCAGAACCUGACGUCCUUAACGGCUUGCAAUGCGCCACUGGCCUCUCUUCCGGAUGGCAUCGGUGCCUUGUCGCGGUUGCGCGAGCUCGACCUCUAUAACUCCGACGACCUUGAGCAGCUGCCUGCCUCUCUCACCCACCUUACCCGCCUGAACCACCUGUCGAUCACAGCCUGCCCCAUCCGCUCCCUGUGCCCCACCGUUUCCCAGUUCUCGCGGCUCAGAUCCCUCAAUUUGUCAGGCUGUGCGCAGCUGGAGGCAUUGCCGGGGGAUUUGAGUGCGCUGACGGCGCUGAGGAGCCUGGAUGUGGAGGAGUGUGGGCAUGUGACGGACACGGAUGGGUCAGUGCUCCCCAGAAGCAUCAAUGAGGUGUACGGGCUGAAAGUAUCCACACACAGUGCAAUUACUAGGAAGGCUGGGAAUGAUCACAAUCUUAAGAGAUACGCCUUGACCCUCUAUCUCUGUCUCUCCAUGCCUCUGUCUGUAUCUUGCUGUCCCUCUGUGCGCAUGACUGCCUGCCUGCCUAACAGGUACUUGGAGCGGGUGGCAGCAGCGGUGAAGGCAGCCAAGAAGAGAGUCCCAGCACCCCCGUGGCACGACCUACGCCGUCGCCACUCUUCACUCCCCCCUUUUUUUUUCUCCCGCCGCCGCGCCUUCUCUGGCGCCGCCUGCGCAUCCCGCCGCGACGCCUCGUCGCCGCCUCCUCCUCCCCCUGCAGCGACCCCCCCGUCGCCGUCCCCCUACCGCCGCCGCGCCUUCCUCGGCGCCGCCUGCGCAUCCCGCCGUCGCGACGCCUCGUCGCCGCCUCACCCCACCGCCGCCGCGCCUUCCUCGGCGCCGCCUGCGCAUCCCGCUGUCACGACGCCUCGUCGCCGCCCCCCCCCCCCCCCCCCCCCCCCCCCCCCCCACCGCCGCCGCGCCUUCCUCGGCGCCGCCUGCGCAUUCCGCCUUCGCGACGCCUCGUCGCCGCCUCCCCCUACCGCCGCCGCGCCUUCCUCGGCGCCGCCUGCGCAUCCCGCCGCCGCGACGCCUCGUCGCCGCCUUUCCCCUACCGCCGCCGCGCCUUCCUCGGCGCCGCCUGCGCCUCCCGCCGUCACGACGCCCCGUCGUCGCCUCCCGUCCCGCCGCCGCGACUUUGCGUCGCCGCCUGCGCUCCCCAUCGCCGCGACCCCCCCCCCCCCCCGUCGCCGCCUACGCAUCCCGCCCCCGCGACCCGCUCGUCGCCGCCUACACGAUCCGCCGCCGCGACUUCGCGUCGUCGCCUACGCAUCCCACCGCCGCGACCUUCUCGUCGCCGCUUGCACGACCCGCCGCCGCGACUUCGCGUCGCCGCCUGCACAUCUCGUCGCCGCAACCUUCUUCCCGCCGCGACCUAAAGUCACCGCCCGCGCGACCGUUUGCCGUGACCUGCUCGUCGCCGCCCGCAUAUCUCAUCUCCGCGACCUAAAAAAAAAAAAUCGCCGCCCCUGCAUCUUACCUCCGCGCCUUCCUCGUCGCCACCCGCGCAUCCCGCCACCGCGCCUUCCUCGUAGCAGCCGCCUCAUCCCUCAGCAGCGGCAUCACUGGCAGCAACAGCCCCGCCCACACCUACACCUGCGUUCUCCCUCCCACUCCCCCCCCGUUUUUCUCUUCCCCCCCCCCCCCCUCUCCUCCCACGCAGCAGCAGCCGGGACACCUCAGCAGCCGCAGCAGCGGCAGCGGCAGCAGCAGCAGCAGCGGCAGCAGCGGCGGCAGCAGCAGCAGCAACGCAGCAGCAGCAGCAGCAGCAGCGGCAGCAGCGGCAGCAGCGGCAGCAGCGGCGGCAGCGGCGGCAGCAGCAGCAGCAACGCAGCAGCGGCAGUGGCGGCACCAGCUGCAUUCCUCCUCUCCCUCCCCCUCCUCCCCUCCCCCCCCCCCUCCCCCCUCCCUCCUCCCUCAGCAGCGGCAGCAGCGGCAGCAGCGGCAGCACCAGCAGCAGCGGCAGCAGCAGCAGCAGCAGCCGAAGCAGACCUCCACUCCCCGCAGCAGCACCCCCCCUCCCCCUUCCCCCCGCCCUCCUCCCUCUCGGCUGCCGCGCUCGUCCACCCGCCGUCGCCCUCCCCCUUAACCGCCGCGGGUCCACCCGCCGCCGUUCACCUCUAG